GCCGUCUGAGCGUCACGGAGGUAGCAUCGCGAUAACGCGGUCGCGGGAAAUAGCGCCGGUUCGCGAUCAUAACUUCGAGAGCGUUAACGUUAAAGUCGCUUCUCGGGUAACUGAAAUCGUGUCGAAAGAUAGGAGGAUCGAACAGUUCUUAGUUUAGGAGUUCACCAGUUCCAAUAUCUUUUCCAAGGUUUUUACGGUAUUAGUGGACUAUCAGUAAGAAAAUGAACUGAACCACUUAGAAAGAGACAACUAUUGAUGGUGUUUUUGGAUAAAGUGAUUGUCGGAGGUGCAAACUUUCAAUGUAACUGAAUAACACUGUGAGCGGUUGCCAAGCAACGGAUUUGAGAAGACGCUUUGUUCGUCUGUAAACCGACGGAUAAAUUUCGGAUGGAAAUCCUACUUCUCCCUUCUUCUCUUCUACUUCUCCUGCUUCUCUUCUGGGCUGCCGACUCAACGUGAAAGAUAUACUCGUGAAUCAUUGACAACCGUGUUACAUGAUUAUACUAAUCGAAGAUGAUGAACUGCACUUGGAAAGAUGACGUGGAUGAAACGCUCUACAUAUUCACUUCCACCACCAACUGUUCCAUGCUCUUUGAUAACAUUUCUCGUUAUCUGCAAAUUGGAAAUCAUACCCGAGACGAACCCCUCUACGACGUACCCCUUUUGCUGAUAGUGUUGCUGUCCAUCUUCUACGGGACGAUAUCUGUGCUGGCGGUGGUCGGCAAUGCACUGGUCAUGUGGAUCGUAGCGACAAGUCGACGCAUGCAAAACGUCACAAACUGCUUCAUCGCCAACCUGGCUUUGGCUGAUAUUGUCAUCGGACUGUUCGCCAUACCUUUCCAGUUCCAAGCAGCACUUCUGCAGAGAUGGAAUCUGCCGGACUUUAUGUGUCCAUUCUGUCCGUUUGUGCAGGUGUUGACCGUUAACGUCAGUGUGUUUACACUCACUGCCAUAGCGGUCGACAGGCACCGCGCCAUACUGAAUCCGCUAAGUGCGCGUCCCUCUAAGUUGAGAGCCAAACUGUUUAUAGCCUGCAUCUGGGGGAUAGCUGGAUUCUUGGCAGCACCAAUGGCUAUUGCUCUACGAGUUAGCUAUGUCGAAGAGGAUGAUCCAAUCGGCAGAGUGCGUCUGAAACCGUUCUGCCGCAACAUGACCUUCAGUGAGAGGCAGAUGAUGGUAUACAGAGUGGUGCUUGUGUUCGUGCAAUACUUCACUCCGCUCUGCGUCAUCUCAUUUGUCUACUCGCGGAUGGCCCUGAGGCUGUGGGGGUCACGUGCCCCGGGCAACGCGCAAGACAGCAGGGAUGCCAACCUCAUGAAGAACAAGAAGAAGGUGAUCAAAAUGCUGGUAAUUGUGGUGGCCCUAUUCGCAUUCUGCUGGUUUCCAUUGCAAACCUACAAUCUGCUUCAAGACAUAUUCCCAGAUAUCAACAAGUACAGAUACAUAAAUAUAAUCUGGUUUUGCUGCGAUUGGCUAGCCAUGAGUAAUAGCUGCUACAAUCCCUUCAUCUAUGGAAUUUAUAAUGAGAAAUUCAAACGCGAAUUCCAGCAACGCUUCCAAAUGGGCGGCAAGAGCAAACGAUGGAUGGGUUCGGAAACCACCCAUAGUGUCGACCUCGACAAGACCAGCUACUUCGGCACAAGGUCUACCUUUAUAAGUCACCACCAGUCUCCAUCUCUCUCCUUGGGAAACCACCAUAAUUCACCAUCUCUCUCCAUAGGACACCAGUCCCCGGAAUGGCGACGCUCCUAUUCCAUUGCUAACAAUGGCUACCGUAGAGGUCACGUGACCGCUGAGAAGGACAUGUAUGUGUUCCAGGCUCCCAACUCCACGCAUGUCGUCACGCAUGUUAACGAUGAGUUGGAGGAACUGUGUCUAUAGGAGACUUGUGAACGACUGGGUUUCCUUGGUAGUCUGUAUUUUGAAAAGUGUUAAUUUUAUGUCUGAUACCAUGAGUAUCAAAAGUAUGGAAGUUUGAGAAUGCAAGUAUGUGUUACUCAAUUCUAUACAACAUGUUGUCACCAGUGGCGUAUCC